CUGAUGAGAAAUAUCGCCAGUCAGUCAAAGUAAAAACAAAGCAGGAAAACUCAAGUUCAAAACCGACGCAAAGUGCGAAACGAAUCAAUUAUCACUUCAAUUGCUAUUGCAGUAAGGAAAAUCGCAAGAUGCCGUUUGUGCCUUUAUCGUAUCGUGAUUUUUGGGACGAUGGUUGGUGGAACGGACCGUUGCGAACCUCUCGAUUAUGGGACCAAAACUUUGGAAGUGGAAUUUCCGGCGAUGAUCUUUUUCGUAACAUGUCCUGCUGUCAACCGGCAGAGCUUCGAAGGAUGGGAUUCAGAAAGCCAUGGUUGUGUGAUUUGAAUCAGCAGUUCGCUAGGACCACUAUAGACGAACGGGAAAAGUUUCUAAUCAAUCUUGAUGUGCAGCAGUUUGGCCCAAAUGAGAUUACAGUUACAACCGUGGACAACACUGUUGUGGUGGAAGGAAAGCAUGAGGAAAAACAGGAUGAACAUGGGUUUAUUUCAAGGCAUUUCGUGAGGCGUUAUGUACUACCAGAUGAACAUGACCCCAAAGAUGUAUAUUCCAGACUGUCUUCCGAUGGAGUUCUGACUGUCAUUGCGCCGAAAAAAGCUGUUCCUGCUCCUCCACCGGCAAACGAGAGGAUCGUUCCUAUAACGAAAGCAGAGGAAGCUUCAAAAUAAAUGCCUUUCUUCGACCAUUGCAGGAUGUAACGUUAUUUGAUUAUUUCUAAGAAAAGUUAACCUGAUACGAUAUAUAUUAGUUUUGUUAAUUAAAUGGAAGCAUGGAAAUACAAAAAAAAUGCUUCAUAAAAUGGCAAAUAAGCACAUGUGGGUGUGAAUUUUAAGAAAAUUGUGAUUACAUGUAAACUAGCGUGGAAUAUGAUGAAAACCACUUUACGAUCAGAAGCCAUGUUGGUUACUAGAAGCAGACCAGAUAAGGCAUUGACUGUUUCAAUUUUAUAUAGGAUUAUGACUACUAUUGUUUGCAAAUUUUAUAGAAGAGUGAAAGCGAGAAAGAAUGAAAAAAAUGUGCUGAGUUUUAAAGCUUUUAUUUGAAUAAACCAAUAAUAAAAUUGUUUCA